UUAUUGACUGAAACAGCAGAAAAUUUUAGUUCGAUUCCCAUGUUAUAAACAUGGGAAAACGUAUCUGAAUUUGAAAACAAAAAAUGUUUUUCAAUCUUCCAUCAAUAAAAAAAAACGACCCCGAAAUAAAUUGGAAUUGCAUUUAUGGCUUCUGUUUGCCAUUAUUUUUCAGGGAUUUUAGGGUUGCAUUUGGGUACUUAGGGAGAGAUCACACUGGUUCUGCAUCUUCCAGCUUCAUUUUCAAAUGGUAGUGAAAUUUAGAAUAUUUUGAGUGAAUGUAAGGAUGCCGAAUCAUUUAGAGGAUGCAGCCGAUGUUGAUUUCAUUCUCAAAACAGCAAGUUAUGAAAUUUGACAAAUGAAGUUGCUAUAGGAACACUUGUUUUGUUAAUAAAAGUUUUUUAGAAAUGAGUUUAGAGAGAGAUCCCAAGAAGAGAAGGGUGAAACCUGUAGAUACUCAAGCAAUUAUUAAAUUUGAAGAUUUGGAAGAGAGCUCUGAUGAUUCUGAUUUUCGAAUCGAAGAUCACCCAGAAGUUACAGAUGACGAUGAUGAUUCCUUGGAUUCAGGUGGAAAUGAUGACAGUAGCAGUGAGGAAGAAGAGGAAUCUGAUGUUAAUGAGGAAUUAAAAGCUUUAGAAUACUCUAAAGAUGACGGUUUCACUGUAUCAGAUCUGUUGAGUGAAGCUGAUUUUCAGUCUGACAAAUAUUCACAGCUAGCAGACAAAUACUCUGAAAUACUCAUCUGCUUUGGAUGUUUGGGUGACCAUAGUGAUAGUGUUAAUGAAAUUGUUGAAUGCGACAGCUGUGGUGUAACAGUUCAUGAAGCAUGUUAUGGAGUGUCAGAUUCUGCUAGUCUAUCAAGUACUGAUUCUUUAUCGCCAACAGCUCCAUGGUUUUGUGAAGCUUGUAAAGCAGGAGUCAAAAACCCCGUUUGUGAAUUAUGUCCAAACACAGGUGGCAUAUUCAAAGAGACAGAUGUUGGGAAAUGGGUUCACUUGGUUUGUGCUCUCUAUGUGCCAGGGGUUGCUUUUGGAGAAGUUGACAAACUAACCAAUGUGACACUUUUUGAAAUGCCUUACAGUAAAUGGGGAGCUAAGAGCUGCAGUCUAUGUACAGAUGAAAGGUUUGCGAGAACUGGCGUUUGCAUAGGGUGUGAUGCGGGAAUGUGUCGUACUUACUUUCAUGUUACAUGUGCCCAAAGGGAAGGAUUUCUUUCAGAAGCUCAUUCCGAAGAAGUCGAUCAAGCCGAUCCAUUUUAUGCUCACUGUAAAUUACAUUCCGAUAAAACCUUGGUGAAAAAACGUAAAAAAAACUAUUUGGCUUUACAGUUAAGAACCCACUGCAGAUUUAUGCAGUUUCAGAAAGAGGGACAUUCCACUUCAGCAGAACAGCUGAGGAUAAAGAGAAAGUUAGAAAGACAAAAAGUUCAUUAUUCAAACCAAAAGUCAUUGAAACCACCGCCUUGGGUUCCUACACAAAAAAUGCCCAGACUCCUAACAACUAGUGCUUCGGCAUGCAAGAGGUUACUAAAAAAAGCCCAACUGAUGGGCAUCGAUACUUUAGCUUUAGAAAUGCAGGAUGCGCAAAUUGCAGCUUUACAAGAUAUAAGGAAAAAGUGGCAUAUAUCACCCGCUUUCAGCGUAGAAUUUAUCGCUUAUUAUAUGGACAGAAAUGACAGAUUGAAAGGCAUGAAAGAAACAUUGGAGAAGUUAUUAGAAGAGAAUAAGGUCUUACUGGAAGAGCAACAAAUAUUGAGAACAAAAUAUGAUGAGUUACUCAAAAAUAGCGCUGAGACUACUAAAAAAGAAAAAGAUUUGAAACAGGCAAUACAUAAAUUUCAUUCCGCUAUUCUAAGUGCAUCUCCAACAAAAAAUCUACCUAAUAUUGAAAAUUUGGGUAAGCCAGUCAUAACAAGACCUACUCAACCAAUGAUGGUACCCACUGCAGCAGCGCUGAAGAUGGGGGUAGGAUUUCCCUUAAAUAAUAUGGCACCAGGAAGAACAGAUAGGGUACUGAGUAGUCAUGCCAGGCAAGAUCCACUUUUGCUCAAUGAAUGUGCCACAUGCAGGCAAAGAAGAGAUCAACAUCUAUUGGCUAAAUGUGACACAUGCAGCCUCUACUACCACUUGGAUUGCCUGAAUCCCCCACUGUCAAGAUUACCCAAAAAAUCUAAAUUAUAUGGCUGGCAGUGUUCAGAAUGUGAUAAAUCUUCAGAUUCUGAAGUUGAGGAGAUGAAAACUCCUCGACGGAUAAAGAGCAGGUAUAGCAGAGAAGGCAGAUCUGAUCCGGAGUCUCUCACUCCUAUUAUCAAGAUCAAACCCUUGGAGCUUUGCAAUCCCAAAAUUGUGAUAAGGUCGUUGAGUUCGGAUGAAAACUUAGCUGAUGCUAAGGUAGUUAUCCAGGCAGUAAAUGACGAUGGGCCAGGUGACAGUGGACUUGAGCUAAUAAAUACUCCAGAUAACAUUUCUGUCAUUAAUGGCAAUGAAGGUCACAAAUCAGGAAAAAAAAGGAGGAGAGAAAAACAUCGUUCAAGAUAUUCACCAGAUUUAGGAAGUUCUGGAAAAGAACAUAAACGUAAAAGGAAGAAGAAGAGCAUUGAUAUUGAUGAAAUGCCCCAUCCUAGAAUAACAAUCAAGAUAAAACCGAUACCUCUACCAGAUGGGGAAGUUCCGUCAGAGUCAAACCCUCAGAGAUUUUAUGUGCCACAAGAAAAUGGAGAUGAAGGUCCCCCGGCUCUACCUCCAAAGGCGGAAACAAAAACAAGAAGUCCUCGUACAUCAAUAUCGAAACCUCCAUUAGAACCUCCUAAAAUUUUGAACAAGGCUGAGAAAAAGAGUUCAGAAAAUCGUUGUCAUGUAUGCGCUGAAGAAGCUGUUAGUAAUGAAUCUGUGAAAUGCGAUGAAUGUCUCAAUCUUUAUCAUUUUGUUUGCUUGGAUCCGCCUCUCAAGAAAACUCCAAAAAGAAGGGGGUAUUCUUGGCAUUGUGCAGAUUGCGACCCAACAGGAUCUGAAUGACUUUUGGAAUGAAAUGAAAAAUUAUGUAAUGAUGAAUUGUAAAUGUCCUUUCGAAAUAAAAUGUAUUAGAAGAAUAA